CCGCUUCCUCCCGCUUUUGUGCGCCGCCCCAGCGAGCUCCAGCCGAGCGGUGCCGAGCCGAGCCGAGCUGUGCGGAGCCGCGCCAGCCGCUGGGACCCGAGGCGGUGAUACUAGCACCGGGUGGCCGCGCAUGUCCCUCUGAGGGUGACCCCGGGUGGAUGCUUGAGAGAGGAGGAUAAGGCACGAGAGUCUGGGACCGGUGGAAUGGAGGCCUGAUGUAGAUGGAAAGAUGGAUGAAGAAGAAGCUCUGAACUCUAUUAUGAAGGAUUUGGCAGCAUUGGGCAAGUGUGGGGGGCUGCUGGACAACAACAGGAAUAAAAACAGUGUCCACUCCAACAAACAGCAGCGAAGUGUCAGGAUCAAGUUUGAAUAUGAAGGAGAGAAGAGGAUUAUCCAGUUCCCAAGACCAGUCAGAUUCAAGGAAGUGGUGCAGAAGGUCACGGAUGCUUUCGGGCAGACGAUGGACUUGGUCUGUGUGAGCAAUGAGCUCCUGAUGCCACUGAAAUCCCAGGAAGAUUUGGACAAAGCCAUGGAACAGUUGGAGCUGAGCCCUUCCCUGAAGAGCCUGCGGAUCCUUGUGAGCGCUCCAAAGAAAGCGAACCUCCUGCAGCCCAACAACAGCAAGCAGCAUGAGAUGAGGAUCUCCAGAUCCAUGGGUGAUAUCAUGGGAUCCCUGUACAAAGACUCAGAGAGGACACGCAAGUAUUCCACAGGCUCCCUGCACACCGGGCGCAGCUCUCCGCCGCCGGGCAGCGUUCCCGAGGAGCAGCAGCAGAUCGCCCGCCAGGGCUCCUACACCAGCAUCAACAGCGAGGGCGAGUUCAUCCCCGAGACCAUGGACCAGAACAUGCUUGAAGCGUUCAUCAGCCCUGAUGAUUCGCUGUCUGGGAGCUGCCAGUCACUGGACAGGUCUGUGGACAGCCCUCCCUUUCCUCAAACCCCUGUUCCUGGAAGGAAGAGCCAUCCCAAAGACGGUCUUGAUUGCAUGGAUUUUGACAUCCCAUUCUGUGAGAGGUUUGGGAAAGGUGGGACCUUCCCAAGGCAGUACCAUCUCUCCCAAAGUCGCAAGGACUACAGCGAUGGCCGGAGGACUUUCCCCAGGAGUUACUUCCCACAGGAGAACCUGUUUCAGCUCGUCCCUUCCAGCAGAACCAAGAGCUUUACUGGGGACAGCAAGCUCAGCACCUUGCAGUAUGAUGAGUACAGGCCCAAGUGUUGGAACAAUUUUGAAAAGGGUCUGCAGACCUUCAGCACCUCCCCUACAAAAGCCAGGAACUCCCUGCAGGCACCUGUGAACUGGAGGCUGGGGAAGCUGCUGGGAAGAGGAGCUUUUGGGGAAGUUUAUCUCUGCUAUGAUGCUGACACUGGGAGGGAGCUGUCAGUGAAGCAGGUGCCUUUUGACCCUGACAGCCAGGAGACAAGUAAAGAGGUGAAUGCUUUAGAGUGUGAGAUUCAGCUGUUGAAGACUCUCCGUCACGACAGGAUCGUGCAGUACUACGGGUGCCUGCGGGAUCCUGAGGAGAAGAAACUGUCCAUCUUUGUGGAAUACAUGCCAGGGGGCUCAAUAAAGGACCAGCUGAAAGCUUACGGUGCUCUGACCGAGAAUGUCACACGGAAGUACACCAGGCAGAUCCUGCAGGGGGUCUUCUACCUACACAGCAAUAUGAUUGUCCACAGGGAUAUUAAAGGUGCCAAUAUUCUGAGAGAUUCUGCUGGAAAUGUGAAACUUGGAGAUUUUGGGGCCAGCAAACGCAUCCAGACCAUCUGCAUGUCUGGGACUGGGAUUAAAUCUGUCACAGGAACUCCAUACUGGAUGAGCCCAGAGGUUAUCAGUGGAGAGGGCUAUGGAAGGAAAGCUGAUGUGUGGAGCGUGGCCUGCACCGUGGUGGAGAUGCUAACGGAGAAGCCGCCCUGGGCAGAGUUCGAGGCCAUGGCGGCAAUUUUUAAAAUCGCCACGCAGCCCACCAACCCCCAGCUCCCCGACGGCGUCUCCAGCUCCUGCCGCAACUUCCUCAAGCAGAUCUUCGUGGAGGAGAAGCGGAGGCCGACGGCCGAGGACCUGCUGAGGCACCCUUUUGUCAACUGCGGGCUCUGAGCGCUGCCAGCGGGGACGGGGAGCGCCGUGGGGAGGUCGGGCCUCACCCGGGGCUGUCCUGACAGUCCCUCCUCGCUCGCUGCUGCCUCGGCCCCGCCGCCUUGUUGGAUUUUCAAGCUGCGCUCGGGACUGUGGGGAAUUCAGAGCGAGGGGUUUCCCGGCCUUGUGCGGGUGCCGGACCACGUAACCUCCCUGCCGCCAGAGGUACCGGGGUCGUCCCCCCUCGCCAAGUAACUGCUCUCUUGGGGGAAGUGUGGCAAGCGGGGAAUGUCCACCUUGGCAAGCGGGGAAUGUCCCCUCAGCGAGCGGGGAAUGUCCCCUCAGCACGGCGGCGGUGCCGGCGGCAUCCCCAGGAGCGGUGGGGGACUCGGAUGCUCAGUGGCCAUCAGCACCUUUCGCAGAGGAACAGACAGGGCCUUCAGCCAAGCCGGAGGAGAUGAUCCUCAGACCGCAGAGUCGGGGGGACCCGGGCGUCCCCGUUGACAAGGGGACCGACCCCGCUGGAGCGGCCGCCGGCGGGGCGGCGUUUCACACUGUCCUGUGCCUUACGCGGUUACAAUCAAGGAGUGAUGCUCGGCUCGGAUCUGGUGUGAGGAUGCAGCAGCCGUGUUGACUUUGCCUUGGCGUGUGUGUGUGUGUGUGUGUGUGUGAGUCUGGGAACCAGGGGGUCUUCUCGGGGUGCAGGAGGUCUCUGCGGGGUACGCCCGCGGACGGAUGCCCGGGACCCCUGCCAUGGGCUGAGGGAUGGGUAAAUGACAUUGGUGGUGUUUAAAUGCUGUGGUGGGCAGGGCUGAGCAGCAGCCAGAUUGUGCUGGGAGCCAUCAGGUGGGAGCUGAAGGAGAUCUCAGCAAGGACAGCUCUGCUCAUAGCCACAGUUUGCUGAGCCUUGUCUGUGCUGCUGCGCUGGGGCUGGAGGGAUGCCAUCGUGUUCUGGAAGGGGAGCUGCAGGGAGAGCCCAGUGGAUCUGUGUAAAACCCAAGAGAGCGCCUAAAAUUAGGCAGAGAGGGCUGAUGCCUGUCAAUCUGGGUGCGUCCUCCUCUGGGCUCUGUGCCUUGUGGACCCAUCCCCAGGUACAGGGAAGGGGAGCAUCACUUCCGUGGCGGUGCUCAAGAGAGCAGCUGCAGGACAAUGGAGCCCCAGACUGGGAAAGUGGAGCUGCAGCAGUGGAGGGCAGCUGGAAGCAGAUUCCUUCCCUCAGUAGGUUUGAAGGUGUAUGAGAAAACAGGCCAGUCAAAAGCAGAGCUGAGCUACAGCCUCUGACCAGCACUGCCCUGCUGGAAAACCUGGGCAGGAAGCAUGCACAGAGCCCCUGGAAGCUAGUUAAUUAAUUAAUUAAUCAGAUCUUGGGGUGUUUGGGAUAAAUUAAUUGCACCAUCCCACCUCCCCCUUCUCUGCUGCUUUAGCUGUUUCCACCGACUCAGCAAAGGGUCCAAAAAGAAGUUACCAGGAGGCUCCAUCCUCAGACCAGUGUGUCAGACACAGGUUUAUUUUAAUGCUGGUUUUCAGUGAAAAUGAAAAGUGUCGCUUAGACUUAAGAGGAAAGUGACAGAUUGGUUGUUUGUGUGAACACAUCCUUGAAUUCUUUCAUGUGGAAGAGAUCAAGACUUUGCACUGCUGGUGUGGUGGUGAGAGCAUGUCCAUGUCCUCAGCUCUGAAGAGAAAAGCAAGAUUUAGGAGGCUGCCCAGUGUAGCUGUGGAUGUCCCAUUUCUGGAUUCAUUCAGGGUCAGGGCUGGAGAUGGCUUGGAGCAACCUGGCCUAGUGAAAAAGUGUCCCUGCCCCAUGGCAAGGGGUUGGAAUGAGAUGAGCUCUAAGGUCCCUUCCAACCCAGACCAUUCAAAGGUUUCAUGAUUUUAAGAAUUAUUUCAAUUUUUAAAAAAAUAAGCACUGAGUAUUAGGGCAAAUUAAAAGAAAUACCUAAAAGAAUUCCCUAUAAAUCUGUCUGAAAGCUAUCAAGGCCAUUUAUUCUAGGCCAGGUUCCAGGAAAGCUGGGGGGCAGUGCUGGAGCAGCACUGGGACUUGUGUCAGUCAUCCAUGGGGGUGAUGGGCAGCUUGCCAUGGGGAGGGGAAAAGUCUCCUUUUGCUGAGGGGAAUGAAGAAUUUUAUUCUGUGAAUAGGACCAAAUCCAUCAGUCUGGUCAGUAAUAUGGGAUGGAUGGAAACAAACACAAGGGAAAAACAAAAAUCAGCAUUGUCUGGGAACACGUUUGGCGGAAGAGGGUAACAAAGUGUGUGUUCACCAAAGCUAAAAAAAAAAAAAAAUCAAACCAAUUUUUAAGCUGUUUUCUUGUCUUUCAUUAAAUCUGUUUGGUUUGGGUUUUCUCAGCCCUUCAGUAGUGGGAGGGUGUUUCCCUUCUUCCCGAAGAUUUAAGAGCCAAAGGGGGCUCCUGGCUGCCCCAAAAUGCUCCCAGGGCCCUCAAACCACCUAAAUCCUCCCAUGGAUGGAUGUGGCUCGUGUGAGUGUGUGUGUGAGUGUGUGUGUGUGAGUGUGAGACACUCCUCAGGUGCCUUUGCCUUUCUGGUUUGUAAAACCCUUGCAGGGUUCUGAUGUACAGAAUGGAACUAGGAAAACAAAUGGAAUUAUUCUACCAUGUAAAGUCA